CCAGCCCAUCCUUUUUUCAUUUUUUCCUACUCAACAGUCUGCCUCAUUAGUUUGGCACUGAACGCCAUCACCAUGCGAGUGUAUUACUGCACCCCUCUACGAUUUCAGUCCAGUGUCACCAUCUACCUAAAGAACCUGGCUGCAGCUGACUUCUUCCUCUGCCUUGUUCUGCCACUGCGAAUUGCCAACUAUGCUAGCAAAUCAACAGUGAUGCGACACAUUUACUGCAAUUUUGGUGCUACGGGCUUCUAUCUCAACAUGUAUGCCAGCAUUCUCUUCAUGGAUUACAUCGCUGCAAACAGAUAUCUAAAGAUUGCUCGUCCAUUAGAGACUCAUGCACUGCAGACAGCCCGUGCUGCACGCUGUAUCGCCUUUAUAACAUGGACUUCCUUAUCUGCAAUGGCUUUAAUUUACACUGUCGUGUUUCUGAGCACAUCCUGGGGGGCAGGUCCAAAUCCACAUGAUAUAGGCUGUGAUUCCUUACACAGCCAUCAGGUCAGCGUGGUCUACAAGAUCAUCCACUGUGUUUCUGCACUCCUCUUCAUCUUUGUGCUGGUGUCCCUGAUCCUGUUCUAUUGGGGCAUGGUGCAGAGGCUUCGACAUGGCCACGCCUCCACGCAGACCCAAAGGUUCCACCGUAAACUGAGCAAGUCCAAGCACAACAUGCUAGUGCUUGUGGUGGUGUUCUGUGUCUGCUUUGUGCCCUACCAUCUAGUGAGGCUCCCUUAUGCCUUCCUAAAGCCCCUGUUACAGGGAUGUGGUACUACAGCCAAGUCGUUUUACAUCAUGAAGGAGGUCACAGUUCUGCUUUCAGUGCUCAAUGCUUGCAUGGAUCCACUGAUAUAUUUUGUUUUUUGCAAGGGAUUCCGGGAACAAAUAAGCAUCAGAAAAGUUCAAGUGUCCACUAGUCUAAGGUUUCUCAAAGUUCCAAGAGAUAUGAGAAAACAAAGCAACACAGAGACAGGGGAUUCACAUGUUACAGUGAGAUGUGAAAGUGCCAUUCAACUGCAUAAUAUCCAGAACGUAGAACUGCAACCUAUCACUUCAUAA